AUGGGAGGCUUUGAGGGUCAUCUGUACCCAGGGCUGUCUCUCUUCUUCUAUGGACUUUAUCACGCACGACUAGUUUCCAGGGCCUUGAUAUGUAACCACCCUGUCCAGUAUCUGCCACGCCAUCCCUGGAGCAAAGGAAGAUGGGCAAGGCUGCGACAAAUAUACUAUGUCGGACUGGUGAAGAUGUUAAGUGCCUGCAUUUUAGUAGCCCAAGAGCUGCAUAAUAUUCAUGGACAGUUUGUACUUAUCAGCAAGAUAUAUCAUCAGAGAAACUUUUUGUACCGCAAACAAUGGCAGCAUCUCACUCUGUAUAUGACCUUCUUCCUGAAUGGCUGUGUAGAUGUGGUGAGCCAGAAUGUGCUGCCCCAGAGGUGUGCUGCUCUGGAGCAAGGUGCCCAAGCCCUGGGCAUGUUUCUGUUUCUGCCUCUGAUGGUGUCUCACAUGCAGGACUCAGAAGGUAUAGAGCUGCAGUCUCACAUCCUGCUCACUCAGGCCAUAUUCCUGCUGGCAUUGGUGGCAAUCGCAGAGCUGUGGGCUCCUGAUAUGCUGCAACUUUGGGUGAUGAAGGCCUUUUUUUAUAUGAUGACAGGUUCUUGGCUGAUUCAGAUAGGUUUUAUGCUGUACAAACCAAUUUCUGGCUAUCAAUGGAUGGAUGAUGACAAAAACAACAUUAUAUUUGUCACCACCUUCUUCUGCUGGCAUGUGGCUUCCAUUGCCAUUUUGAUGAUCUGGGUCUAUGGCUUCUCUUUGUUGUGGUAUUGUUACAUUUGUUGAUGGUCUGAACCUGUAUGAGCCAGGAAUGGUUCCUGUCACCUGCACAUUCGGGAAUACCUGGAAGAGAAGUGGGAAGUGCAGGCAUCAAAGAGGAAGAUGACUGAGGCAACAGACUCUGCUGGGAUGGGCAUACCCUUUACUCCUUCUGGAUUUUCUUAAUCUUAUUUGCUGAGCAGGAUGUGGAGGCAAAGUAAAUGAAACACAAGAGGCAUGUGACUCUGACCUUCACUCUCAGCUUCCCAAUUAUUUCCCCCACCUCCCCUCCCUCUCCUCAGCUCCAACCAAGGCAUUCUGCUUGCCUUGCUCCUCUCUGUGCUCUUCACACCCCUCCCAGGAGAGCAUGAAAAUAAAUGUACUCUAUCCUGC